GUUGUAGUUUGCAUUAGAGAAAUCUUGUUUCAUUUUUGGAGGGAAAUUCAAAAGGCUCUGUUAAAGGCAUUGAGUUUUGAUGUAAAUUGAGUGUUUUUUAGACUAGUAAAGCAAUUUUCUUAUGUAAAGAUGACAAAGACGUGGACAAAAUUUGCAGGGAUGGAAAGUGCCUCCUUGAGGGGUCAAUUAUGGUGAAGAUGCGAAGGUGGAGUCUUGAAUCAACUAAGGUUCACAACAAAGUUUCGUUAUAGGGAAGGUGGAUUGUUGUACAAGGAUUUCCGUUUCAUUUAUGGCAUCAAUAAGUUUUUUAGAAGAUUGGGGAGUAGUGUGUGGUGGUUUUGUCGAGGUCGAUCGUCAAACCAAGAAUCGUGAGAAUUUGUUUGCGGCGCUAAUUUGUAUCCACAAGCCAGAAUCUAGCUUCCUUAGGACCUCACUGAAUACCAACUUCAAUUGGAAAGCAUACCUGAUUCAAGUUAAGGUUUUCUCUUGCUUGGGAAAAAUGGGUCGUGAUGAACGGAUGAGAUUGUUUGAGGGUGGUGGUACCGAAAAUCGAUACAUUAUUACAGCAGUUGAGAUGGAGGGACGGUGUAAAAAGGGCACAUGGCAUUAGGUUAGUAAGGGGGGGAGAUAA